AUGAUUGAUUGUCUUCAGAAGGUGUUAACAACUAGAGAUUUAGAUUACAACAACUUAGCAAGUUUACCAAAAGAUUUGUUAUCGUCGAACAAGAAUCUUGGAUAUUUGUAUAUGAGAAGAAACCCAUUCAUAUGCUGCCUCAUGAUUGAGUUUCAAGAAUGGGCAUCAAAUCAAACACAACUGAAUUAUUACGGAAAAUGUACUGAUUUAAAUAACACAAUAGAUAUUGACAGUUUUAACACAGAAGAAUGCAUAAUUCCAGUUAAUGGAGGAUGGUGCCCUUGGUUAGACUCCUCGUGUUCUGUUACUUGUGGAGAUGGUGUCAUAGUCAGAACCAGAACAUGUGACAAUCCCCCACCAUCUGACGUUGGACAGAAUUGUGAUGGUUCCAAAACUGAAACAUCACAUUGCAACUUAGGAAAAUGUCCAGAAUCAUGCCGUCAUUCAAAGAAAGGAUCCAACAACAAAUCAGAAGACAAUCUGGACAAUAAAUCAGGAAAAAAACAGCGUAAAUGGAAAGCCAUGAAUCAAAAAAGAAGGGACAAUAUUGAUUGGAAAAAAUGAAAACAAAGUGGAUCGAUUUCAUUCUUAUAUAAAACUGAGAGACAAUGCAAACAUAGUCUUAAUUUUAUCAUCAUCAUUGUGGGAAAUGUCAUUCUUUUUUGUUUUAAAUUUCAACUGGUAAUAUCUUAGAUACAAUCUGUGUGGUUUACUUUCUCUCGAGCGCAAACUUACUUGUAUGUUGUGGUCUUAAAAUCAGUUAUUAGGUUAGAUGAGUUUUAUUAGACCUGUUAUAGCAGUGCAUCUGUUCGUCAAUGAUAUGUAUGACAUAUAUUUAUAAAAUUGUGUGGGAAUAAAUGUUUUGUUAUAUUGUUUGAUGAUAUUUUGUGGGAUAUACAUUGGUUAAAAGUUACCAUUAUUUGGUGAUAUUUUGUGGGAAUAUUCAUUGGUAUAAUCAACUUGUAUUUGUAUCAUUUGAAUCAUUAAUUUAUAUGACUUUUUUUCUCAAUAAA